AUGUCUCGUCCGCAGGUCAGCAUCGACCGUCUCACGCCUCGCCGCGCGACGGUCGAACACCGCGAGGCUAUGAACUGCAAGUCCUGUCGCAAGAGAAAGAUCAAAUGCAACCGCCUCCGGCCCAGCUGCGAAGCUUGCAAGGUCUUUCAAUCUCCCUGCGUCUACGAUGCGGUCCCCAAAAAACGCGGCCCCAAGACAGACGUGCUGGAAGCGCUACUCAAGCGCGUCGACGGGCUGGAGAAAAGACUCCAGGAUGAGAAGAAUCCUAUCUCGCCCACGUCCCCGGAGCCGACUCUCGACGAUCCCCCGCUCAGCAGUCAACCCCGUCGCAACACUAUAGAUGCUUCGUUCAAUCAGUACAGUCCUUCAGACUCGCGACCGACGCUGUCGAAUCCCGUGUCACAAAACAUAGAGACCUUUGCUAGGCCUACUAUUCAUGCGCCCCCAUCGGUUUUGUCGCAGCCGUCGCCGAAGCAGAAUGGGAUCUUGUCGGAUGUCUUGCUUGAUGCGUAUUUUGCGCGAUUACAUGGCAAGCCAUUUUUCAUACUUGAUGAGCAGAGCACGAGGCAGCGGUAUCAAAUGAACCAACUGCCUGCGCAUUUGUCUAUGGCCAUUUACGCCAUGGUGGUCAGGUACACUUAUUCGGUCGGUCAGCCAGAUCAGCCAUUACGUAUGGGGUUAGAUGCUGCUUUACAGGCGCGACAGAUGGUUGAUGUCGACAACCCGACUGUAGAGGGCUUGCAAACACUCCUGCUACUGUCACAGGCUUACUUUGCUUAUGGACUGGGAAAGAAAGCUUACAUGGUAUUUUCAAACUGCGUGGCUAUGGUGGUGGCAUUAGAUCUGCUUCGGGAAGUAUCAAGCAAGAUUAACAUGUUGCCCGCCGAGCGCGAGAUGAGACGCCGAUUAUUGUGGUCCGUCUAUCUGAUGGAUCGCUUCAUCACUUGUGGCUCCCGUCGGCCGUGUCUCAUCUCCGACCAUUCGAUUGUUUUGCGCUUGCCAUCUUGGUCGCCACAUGCGGCAGGUCUCAGCGUGGAUGGUGAGCUGUUUCACGUGGGACCCAAUAUUCAAUACUCUGCAGACUCUCGGCGUAAGGCGCCCAGCGCGGCAUCCUUGCUCAUUGAUAUCACCCGUAUACUUGGUGUCACUAACCGGUACUUGGCUGCCGGUGGUGUCAAAGGUGAUUCACAUUUCCCCUGGCAUGCACUUUCGAAUCUCUCGAAAAUACGACAAGAACUGGACAUUUGGGCAGCGGGGACGCAGGACGUCUUUGCGUCAAUUGAAGUCUUAUUUGGUCACCCGGAGAGUACGACAUUACUUCUCAGCAAAUUGAUCUAUCAUCUUGUGCACUGCUUGAUCUAUCGUCCAUUUUUGCCCAUUGACCUCGUGGAGCUGCGAGGUACGGGCCAGCACCAGUCGUGGCAGAUCGAAGCGACCAACCUAUGUUUCUCACACUCGAAUGCGAUUGCAGAACUUGUGGAGCUGGGCAGAAACUCUCCUCUCGUUGAGUGGCCUGCAUUUGUCGGCUACUGUGUGUGUACAGCUGGUACCGUACACGUCCAUGGAGUGCAUUACAAAGGCCGGGAAGGCGAAGUGUUCUCGUCCAGCGCUGAGUUCCUGACUCGCGAGAUGCACCAGCUGGUCUGGUUGCGCAAUGCCUGGGCAGGUGUGCAGCAUCAACGUGAGCUGCUUCAAUCCAUCUAUACAUGCCACGCCGAGCUGGUACGUAACCUUGCCAGUAGUCCGAUGCGGUUUUCACCAGUCUUCCAUCUCGAAGACUUUUUAGAUCGUUAUCCCGGGCUGGCCAUAGAUGGAGCACACGUCCGUCUGAUUGACACAGGGGAUGACUUGGUAUCAAGCACCAACUUCACAGACCGACAAGACCACUACUACCAACGUCCAAUGGGACCGCCCUACCAAUCUCCCGGUUUCUUCGAGUCCCGUCCAUCUCUCCCCUCUCAACCCGACCCCGAACGUCGCCCCUCUCACCACCAAUUCAAACAUCUCCAAGCACCGACCUCCCCAGCCCUCCACUUUCACGCUCCAAAUAAUACCACCCCACAACCCGCCACUUCCCUCUCGACUAUCUUCCCUCAAACCGAGCUUCAAGAAAACGCUCACAUCUCCCUCCCCAAUGCCUUUUCCCCAAGCGCAUUUGGCCUCUCACCCCCGUCCUUCCUAACGGACCCAUCUCUCAACAUUGUCCCGACAACCCCUUCAAACCCGCAAUACGCGACAUUCCCCUUUCGACAACAACCCGAACAAUCUAAAUGGAACCGGAACUGCCUUGACACCGGUGAGACGGGGUCGACGGAGAAGGAUCCAUUUUUGAGUCUGCUGGAGCAGCUUGCGGAGAAUGAGAAUUCGCAGGGUGGACCCAGUGAGCUGGAUUUCUUCUUAAGUGGCGUUGAUGAAGGGGAUCUUGGUGGGGUUGCAGUCGGCGUCGGAGUUGGAGAAGAGAAGACUUUGAAUGGAUUAUGA